CUUCACAGCGACCCUCCAGAAGCUCUGGCUCAACAACCAGCUCGGCGAGGCCAAGCUCUCCGGCACGCUCGACGUGCUCGCCGGGAUGGCCGACCUCCAGCAGGCGUGGCUGCACGGCAACCAGUUCACCGGCCCCAUCCCCGACGCCAUCUCCAACUGCAAGCAGCUCGUCGACCUAAAGCUCAACAACAACGACCUCGUCGGCCUCGUGCCGCCCGGCCUCACCGCCCUGCCGCUGCUCCGCGACGUCAAGCUCGACAACAACAACCUCGUCGGCCCCGCCCCGGCGCUCAAGUCCGGCAACCUCACCUCCUCCCAUAACGGCUUCUGCGCCGUCAAGCCCGAGGACAAGUGCGCGCCGGAGGUCAUGGCAUUGCUCCAGUUCCAAGCCGAGGCUGGUUAUCCCGUCAAGCUGACCAGUUCAUGGUCCGGGAACGACCCCUGCAAGGGCUGGCUGGGCGUCACCUGCUCCCAGGGCAAGGUGUCGGUGCUCAAUCUGCCGUCCUCUGGCCUCAAUGGCACCAUCAGCAAGAGCCUCGGAGACCUGUCUGCGCUCUCGGACAUCAGGCUCGAUAGCAAUCACCUCACCGGGCAUGUGCCGGACAGCCUCACCGGCCUCAAGCUGCUAAAGAAGCUUGAUUUGGGCAUGAACGACCUGAAUGGGCCUCUGCCGGCCUUCAGACCGGACGUGAAUGUCAUCCUCACCGGCAAUCCCAACUUCAACACGAAGACGUCGCCGGGUGGUUCUGCUCCCAAGGAUGCCCCUCAUUCACCAACAACGCCUGGCGCGCCGGGUUCACAAGGCCAAGGCGCUGCCUCCCCAGGCCAAAGGAACAAGAAGAGCAAAAUUUUGUUGGCUACCACCAUUCCGGUUGCGAUCGGCGUGGUGGCUCUGCUGUCACUGGGUGCUGUGGUGCUCUUCUGCAAGAAAAAUGGGUCCUCGGUUCAGCCACAGGCGACCUCCUCCGUCGUCGUCCACCCCCGAAACAGUUCUGGCCCAGACAACUUGGUCAAGAUUGUCAUGACAAGCAAUGACAGCUUCGGCGCGACGUCAAGCGGCACCAGCAGCCGGGAUAGUGACAUCCACAUGAUCGAGGCGCGCAAUUUUGUGAUAUCCGUGCAGGUUCUUCGUUGUGCCACCAAGAACUUUGCUCCGGAUAAUGUGCUUGGCCGUGGCGGAUUCGGUGUCGUUUACAAAGGGGUGCUGCACGAUGGCACGAUGAUUGCUGUGAAGAGGAUGGAGUCCUCGGUGAUCAGCAACAAGGCCCUUGAUGAGUUCCAAGCAGAGAUUGCCAUUCUAACCAAGGUCCGGCACCGCAACCUGGUGUCGAUAAUGGGCUAUGGUAUCGAAGGGAAUGAAAGGCUGCUGGUCUACGAGCACAUGUCCAACGGAGCGCUGAGCAAGCAUCUGUUCCACUGGAAGCAGCAUGAGCUGGAGCCCCUCUCGUGGAAGAAGAGGCUCAACAUCGCAUUAGAUGUUGCUCGCGGAAUGGAGUAUCUGCACACCCUCGCACAGCAGUGCUACAUUCACAGGGAUCUUAAGUCGGCAAACAUUCUACUUGGCGAUGAUUUCCGAGCAAAGGUGUCGGAUUUCGGGCUCCUUAAAUCUGCGCCGGACGGGAACUUCUCUGUGGCAACCAGACUAGCUGGAACUUUUGGAUACUUGGCGCCUGAAUAUGCUGUGACCGGAAAAAUCACCACAAAAGCGGACGUUUUCAGCUUCGGGGUGGUGCUGAUGGAGCUGAUAACCGGAAUGACCGCCAUCGACGAGAGACGUAUCGACGAGGAAACCCGGUAUCUGGCGUCCUGGUUCGGUCAGAUAAGGAAGGACGAAGAGAAGUUCAGGGCAGCCAUCGACCCGACCCUGGAGCUCACCGACGAGAUUUUCGAGAGCAUCUCGGUGGUCGCGGAGCUGGCCGGCCACUGCACCUCCCGGGAGCCCUCGCAGCGGCCGGACAUGGGCCAUGCCGUGACGGUGCUCGUGCCCAUGGUGGAGAAGUGGAAGCCGUCCAACAACGAGGCCGAGGACUACAUGGGCAUCGACCUGCACCUGCCGCUGCUCCAGAUGGUGAAGGGGUGGCAGGAGUCGGAGGCGAGCAUGACGGACGGGAGCAUCAUGAGCCUGAGCCUGGAAGACAGCAAGGGCAGCAUCCCCGCCCGGCCCGCCGGGUUCGCCGAGUCCUUCACCUCCGCCGACGGCCGGUGAAGCAUCAUCGUCGCCGUCAUCGUCAUCAUGUCUACAAGAAAUAAGUACAUUGUCUCUCCCGGACCUCCCUCCCCUGUUUUCGCACAGCGCUCGAUCUUGUAGGUAAAGUAAAAGGAGUUCGUCGUCGUCCAUGUGCUUGUGUUUCUGCCGCCGCCGCUGUAGAUAGACAUCUUGUUUUUGUUCUUGUUCACUUUUUUGUUCAACUGGGUACUACCUUAGGAUGGAUUGGUUGGUUGCCGUUUCCAUUAUUCCAGUCUUGAGACUGAAGCUUCUGGCUUUACCUAGCAAUCAAAUCAAAUCAUAUCA